AUGUCUCUUGAGAAGAAAAUCAGAAACUUCUUGCAGGGCCCUCGUAAGGGUGAAACCUUCGAGCUCAAGAGCGGGUUGGUCUCACAAUAUAAACACGAACGUAAAGAUGCCAUUCAAAGAGUGAUUCAAGCCAUGACAGUGGGAAAGGAUGUAUCAGCCCUUUUCCCUGAUGUUCUUAAAAACAUUGCCACUUAUGACAUUGAACAGAAGAAGUUGGUUUAUCUCUACUUGAUGAAUUAUGCCAAGUCCCACCCGGAACUCUGUAUUUUGGCUGUCAAUACAUUUGUCCAAGAUACCGAGGAUCCAAACCCUCUUGUUAGAGCCCUUGCCAUCCGGACCAUGGGAUGUAUUCGGGUCGCCAAGAUGGUUGAUUACAUGGAGAUCCCUCUUACUCGUACCCUUGGUGAUGAUAACCCUUAUGUACGUAAGACGGCGGCGCUUUGUGUGGCCAAAUUGUUUGAUUUGAAUCCAGAAAUGUGUAUUGAAUUUGGAUUUUUAGAUCUGUUAAAGAAAUUGAUUGGUGAUCCAAAUCCUAUGGUUGUUGCCAAUGCCUUGAAUGCAUUGUAUGAGAUCAAGGAUAUGAAUGAAGAUCCAAAUUUGGAGAUUUUCACCACCAAUGCCACCGUGGUGAAGAAUUUACUUCUUUGUUUGAAUGAAUGUACUGAAUGGGGUAGAAUCACCAUAUUAACCACCCUCAAUGAUUAUCUGACAGAUGAUGAAGAAGAAGUGUCUCAUAUCAUUGAAAGAAUUGUUCCUCAAUUGCAACAUGUCAACCCAUCGGUGGUGUUAUCAUCCAUCAAGGCCAUCAUUCAUCAUGUUGAUGUCAUUAGACAACCAGAGCAAAGAACAGCAAUCUUACGUAAAUUGUCUGCUCCACUUGUAUCAUUGGUUAGUCUGCUGGUACCAGAAGCUCAAUACGUUGGAUUGAAAAACAUUCGAAUCAUUUUAGAAAAAUAUCCUCAAGUACUUUCCAAGGAACUUCGUGUGUUUUUCAUUAAAUAUCUGGACCCACUUUAUUUGAAAUUAGAGAAAUUAGAAAUUAUGGUUCGGUUAGCUAAUGAUAAUAAUAGUACUUUAUUAUUGGGGGAAUUGAAGGAAUAUGCUAUGGAAUUUGAACCUGCAUUGGUAACUAGAGCCAUUAAAUGUAUUGGAUCUGUGGCAAUUAAAUUGGCUGGAAGUGUUGUUAAAUCGGUCAAUUUGUUGUGUAAUCUUAUUGAUCAACGUGGAGGUGAUCUUAUUAUAAACGAAGCAUAUCUUGUAUUGACCAAUAUUUUAAGAAGAUACCCGGGUAAAAAUGAUCUUAUUACCUUAAUUGUGCCGGUUAUUUCUAAUCAUGCUGAUAAUGUUGAUAGCAAUGAAGCUAUCUCAGGAUAUAUUUGGCUGUUGGGAGAAUUCCCCAAAUAUUUCCGUGAUGCUGAAUCAUUAGCCAAAUUGAAUGAAUAUGCUGAUAAUUUCUUAGAGUAUGAUUCAAUGAUUCAAUUAAAUGUAUUGACUACAAUUGUUAAGAUUACUCUUUCCAGUACAUCCAAUGCAUUUUCUAAAAUUUUACAAAAAAUUUUAGAAGUUGCCACUCAAGGAUGUGAAAAUGCAGAUGUUAGAGAUAAGGCAUAUAUUUAUUGGAGAUUAUUAUCAAUGGAUAAUAAUAAUAAUGAAGAUGGAGCACAAAAGAUUAUUUUAACUAAAUUGCCACCUAUCAAAUCCACUAUAUCCACGUUUAAUCCAAUGGUUUUGGAAGAAUUGAUCAAUGAAUUGUCAACUGUUUCAUCAGUUUAUCAUAAACCAUCCUUCACGUUUAUUAACAAGAACGCUUAUAAUAAACUCCAGCCAAUUAGAAGGGACUCUAGAAAGAGGGGAGACAAUGAAAUUGAAGAUUUGACCAAUUUGGCCAAGCAAGAGAUUAUCAAUAACUCCAAGAAUGAGAAUUUACUUGAUUUUGAUGAUGACAGUGGUAAUGCCAGUGGCAAUACCGAUAACGGUAAUGGAGGCGGUUCUUCACUUUUAGAUGAUUUGAACGACUUGUUUACAAACAUUCCUCAGCAGCAACAACAACAGCAACAACAACAUCAACAACAACAGCAACAUGGCCAUUCACAAACCAAUUCUGAUAUAUUAAGUUUGUUCAAUGGGACAGAUGCUAACCAAGUUACCCAGGGGGUGAACAAUUUGGACCUUAAUUCAUUGGCUGCUCCCAAGAAGAGUGGGAAUGUGAACAAUGACCUUUUGGAUUUAUUUUAG